AUGUUCAACCGAUUUAAUGAACCGAUUGGACGGGCCCUGUGUAUCGGCGAUGGUAUUACCCAGAGCCAGUGGCAACCUGUGGAUAACUGCGGACCAUUUAGAAAUGUCACAGAUAUUCUCACCGAAAUUGCACAGGUAAUCGUAGAUGAAGAAAACGCAGGUGAAGUGAGCCAGCAAGUAUCAUCUGUUACGUCCAACAUCGAAGAUAUCACAUCAGAUGACAUCGCGUUUGUGGCAGAGAUAACAUCAAACAUUGUGCAUCAAAAUCUUACUAGUGAAGAGGUAACAAACUCUAUUACGAGUAUUGUGAGCAAUAUAGCUCAGGUAGAAACAAAGGAACUUGAAGCAGCAGAAGAAGACGGUGGGGCAAUAAGUAAAUUUGUCCAGGUUUUUGAGGAACAAAUCAGUCGUGUUGAGGUUGCCGAUGGUGGGAUGCUCCUCAUUCAGCAGCCAAAUGUAGCCGUACAGGUCCAGAGUGUACCUGCUGACGACGUAAUGCGUGGUCUUGUGCUUUCGGUAGCUGGAUCCAGAUUUUCAGACCUGACCAAAGCCAAUAUUACCAUCAAUGCUCCGAUCCAAGAUGACCACGAUGACGUCAUUGCUACAAUACCAGGCAUCAUCGCUCAGGUCAACAUUCCACCUUCAGUUGCAUCCGUCAUUUCGUCCACGGCCCCACUCUCAGGAUCGCUGUCGAAUGGCAGUGGUGAAUACGUUCGGGUCAACUUCAAUGUAUUUUCAACUCCAGCCCUGUUCAUUUCUAAAUCAUUGCGCAAUAUAAGUGCAGCUAAUGAAGGCUUCAAUCGAUCGGCUAACUCUCCCGUGAUUUCUCUCAGUAUUGGUCAAGGAAAAGUAGCAGCCUUGACCGAAUUCAUCAACUUUACCUUCACUACAAUAAUGUCUGGAUACGUGAAUCCCAUGUGUUCGUUCUGGGAUGAGGAGGAGGAAGAUUGGUCCCAAGACGGGUGUGUUCUUGUUUCUGGAAUCACAUCAUCCGAUGAUCGCUCUGAUGAGGAGAUCGUGCGCUGUGCGUGUGAUCAUCUUACCAACUUCGCUGUUAUAAUGGAUAUCCAUAGGCAGGAGGUUUCAAUACCAAUCGAGGUAUACAACAUCCUGACUUACAUUGGAUGCUGUAUUUCUAUCUUCAGUCUUCUUGUCACAUUGGCAACCUACCUGUGGAACAAGGAUUUGAGGACCAAACAGGCUAACAAGAUCUUCAUCUGUCUGUGCCUGACAUUGCUAUGUCUCUACACGACAUUUGUCAUCAUGAUCUCUCUCGAUUCUACCAGAGAUUAUCGUGAGGUCCAAGCUGGACCCUGCGGGUUCCUGACGGCCCUAGUUCACUUCUUCGUUUUAUCCUCUAUUGCAUGGAUGGGUGUGGAAGGGUACAAUACCUACCUCAUUGUUGUAAAGAUCUUUAACACCUACAUCCAGAAUUUCAUGAUCAAGGCUUCCUUAGCUGCAUGGGGAGUUCCUGCACUUAUCGUGGUUCUUACUGGAGCUAUUGCUAGAGACUCUUAUGCUCAUGAUGAUCUAUGCUUUCUACAAUUCUGGGCUCAAAUCGGUGGUCUCUUGAUUCCCAUGGCCAUUAUCCUACUCAUCAACAUUGUCAUCUUUGUCCUGGUGGUUCGACAGUUGCUCCGGUCAGCUAACAUCGGCGGUCGGGCGAAGAGAGAGGCUAAGGCAGAACGUCGAGAGACUAUCGAACGCGUCCAAAACGCGAUCUGCAUCUUGCUUCUGCUCGGUCUGACCUGGGUUACCGGAUAUCUUCUUUUAAUCCCGUUAUUUAGUCAGGUGGCUCAGCCAAUUUUCGUCGUCCUCAACUCCUUCCAAGGAUAUUUCAUCUUUCUACUCUACUGCGUCCGGAAGCCUUUCAUCCGUAAGAAGUGGGGGCUAACUUGUUUCGACAAGUUCCUAAAGAAUGAAGCAAGCACUUCCAGCGGUGUGGUGAGCUCAACGGUGCCACCUCCGUCAUCUGGCGUGAUAAGCAAAUUGCGUCCAGGAGCCUCGGAUAAUUACUUGAUGCCUUUCAAAGACGACAAUCCUGAUCAUAUGUGUAUGUUCAAUCCGACCUUUGAUGUUAGCCAGGUUGAGGAAGGAGUAACACUACCCAUGAACAAAGAUAUCCAGAGUUCCACCGAGGAACAGAAGAAGGACACGGAUCGUGAUGCAACAAUCAGUGAUGUCAUGACGGUUAGUCUCCCUCUUGAUGCAUCCGUCGCAAAUGUCGCUGAGAGAGGUGAUGGUGUUUCUCCCACCACGGAUGCUGACACGGUCAGUGUUACUCUAGAUUCAACUGAUGCCAGCAAAGCUACUGGCGGUAACGAUUGUGUUGCUUCCACCACCAACAAUGCUGCCGUCUAAGGAUGCAGAGAAUGGCACCAAACACAAAGCCUUUUUAUUCAAUAGUUAUUCAAGCAAGAAUAAGGUUUUAAGAGAACGUUUUGUUCCAUUGGAAUACUAGGCAGGGAAGGGAAUGACUAGACUGGGUGUCGACUGUGUCCCUAUUCCCUCUCCCGAUCAUAUUGGAAUUACCAAUAUACCGUCACCACAUAUUCGGGCAACCAGGUGUGGGUAUUUGUUAUCAUCUUUAUUAUAUUUCAAUCAUGAAUUUAUGUAUUUUCAAUUAAUGUGCAUUUUAUUGAAGUAGUUAAUUAUGAAAUCAUUAUUUUGUUUACCAUUCUGUAUGGUGUAUGACCCAGAGAAGAGGUCAAUUUUUGUUAAACGUAUUUUUUCAAUUAACUGUUAUCAUUUUUUGUUAAGACAUGAUAUAUAAUGGGAAAGGAAAUUAGGCAAUGACAAUUGUCAUACAAAAACAAAGUUCCCCAUUGCUGUCCUCUUUUUGAAUUUCUUUGCAAAGGUUGAAUAAAAUUGUCUCCGCCGAGAAUCGAGCCGGGUCACUGGCUGUGAACGUCAAUGCCUUAACCACUAAACUACAGAGUAAAGGAAAUUAGGCAAUACUAAUUGUGAAGCUCAUAAAAAACAAAUUUCCCCAUUGCUGUCCUCUUUUUGAAUUUGUUUGCAAAGGUUAACUAAAAUUGUCUCCGCCGAGAAUCGAGCCGGGUUGCUGGCUGUGAACGUCAAUGUCUUAACCACUAAAUCACACAGAAUUCCACCCUCC